CCCAUCUAUCCCUGUCGCUCACUGUGAAGACCAGCCCUUCUCCUCCUCCUCUUCCCAGCGCACCCGGGAACAUCCUUCCCUGCCGCAGCUCACAGUUUUCAGGCCCGGGGCCUUUCCUGUAUCUGUCUGCCUGUUGUUCCUGUUGCAGUCUGCUGUUUCAUGAAGUUCUCUUCAACAAAAAAGUCAAGAUGAGGAAAAGUGGCAUCCUGAGCAAACAGUAUAUGUGUAGGGGCUUAUUCCAGAGGGGAAUAUGGUUCUUUUCUUCCUAUCCUGAAGUGGAGCUGGAAACUGUGACAGUAAAUGUAACCAUUCAGGACUUUGUGGCUUAUGUGGUGUCUGAGCUGGUUUUCCGCAACGUGCAGCAAGUCUCCAAGGAGACCAUGUUCAUCUUUCCUGUGGAUUCAAAUACUGUUGUAGACACCUUCCACGCUACCAUGGGGGACUCUUUCAUUGAAACAAUGCUCUGGGAGAAGGAGGAGGCCCAGAAGCUGUGCAAAGCUACUCCAGGCAUGGAGAAUUUAAGAUACCUGCAGGAUCAGUGGGAUCUCUGGGGUCGUGUGUUCGCUUGUUUCUUGGGAACUCUGCCUCCUAAUGGGGAGGUGACCAUCAGCCUGUGCUACGUCCAGGAGCUGCCACUGCAGCCGGAUGGGGCUGCCCAGUUUUGCUGGCCACAUGAACUGUUCCCGUGGAUAAAAUACACCAGCCAGAUCUCUUCCAAGGAGGAGAUGUCCAAAAAUCUGCACUUCAGCAUCUCCCUGAAGUCAGCCCAUGGUGUGUCCCAUGUAGUCAUUAACAGCAGCCACACCCCUUUGCAAUACACAGCUUCUGAUCACACAUCUGCUUAGGUAUUCUUGAAAUCAUCACCCUGGAUGCAGGAUGAUCUGAACUUAAUGGUAUAUUACAAAGGGCCUCACACCCUCAGUGCUGUGGUGGAGAGGAGAGAUCCUAAAGCCCCACCUGGCUCUCUGCUAGGACACCCUGUUGUGAUGCUGACACUGAUGCCAAACAUUCCUGAAGUAGUGCCCAGUCCAGGCCAUCUGGGGGAAUUCCUCUUUCUCGUGGACUGCAGCCUCUUCCAGGAUGCACAGAACACACUGUUAUUCCUCCUCAAGAGUUUGCCUCUGGGCUGUUACUUCAACAUCUACAGUUUUGGGGCCACUUUCAAAGCCUUCUAUCCGCAGAGUGUGGAGUACACACAGGAAAACAUGGACAGUGCUGUGGGGCGCAUCUCCUCCAUCUGCCCUGAUCUGGGGGGCUGUGACCUGUUGGGUCUCCUAAGGUCUAUUUACAGCGCUCCUCUCCUUUAUGGGCACCGUCAGCUUUUUAUCUUCAUUCAAAGGAAGAUCUCCAGUGAAGAGGAAGCUGUCAUGGCUGAGGUCUACCGUUACCGAGACCACCACCGGUGUUUCUGUUUUCCUGCUAACAGAUGUGUCAACUUUCACCUUUCCCAGGCCAUAGCCCUGGAGACAAAAGGUGAAUGUGUGUGCAUCCACUCUAGAGUGGACAUGGCAUCCAAGGCAGUGAAAUGUCUGCAGCGGGCUCUGCAGCCUAUGGCCAGUGGGAUCUCACUACACUGGGACCUUCCACCUGGCCUGGAGGUGUCACUGAUCAGAAAAGCUCCUGAGAUGAUCUUCCAGGGACAUCAGAGCUCCAUCUAUGCCCAGAUCCAUGGGCAAGCACAGGAUGCAAAGGUGGAUGAGGGAGCUGUGACUCUUCAGUACCAUGUGGGCAAUCAGUUCUUCGAUUACACACUCAGGUUCUCAUUGUCCUCAUCAUCAGAUGACAGGCUGCCAGUGCAUCGCAUGGCCCUGGUGCACCUGCUGUGGGAACGAGCCUGGGAGGGGACAAGCAGGACAGAGAAGGACACCUGGCAGAGCACAGUGAAGUCCAGCCUCACCCUGGGGGUUCCAUCUCCCUUCGCAUCCAGUGUGGCUGUACGGAUGAAACACAGGUACGCCUGGCACCACGACUCCUCCACGUUGCUCUCUCCCUCUUUAAACCUGGUCCCCUGCCAGUUGCUCUGGUUGCGUGGAUUCAGGCCUAUGUUCUUCAAGUCCACCAAGUUUUGGAUGGUUCAGAAAUGCCAGUUAUGCCUUGAGAUGCUCGGUCACAAAGCCCCUGACACUGAGAUACUCACCCAGCUUUCGACAUUUUGUAAAGAGCAGAAGCUUUCUCCUGAAGAACAGGUGAUGGAUGAACUGCCAGCAUUUAACAUCAGUUGGGACUGGGCAAUUUCACCGCUGGCAACAAGACUGUGUGACUUCUCUGGGCUCAGGGCAGUGGUGGCACUCCAGAAAGCAAAUGGCUCCUGGGCCCUCACCACAGCUCUGGCCUCUGCCUUGGGGCUCAGCAAAGCUGAUAUUGAGGGACAGAGGCCCAGUGAGGAUGUGGAGCCAGCUGUCUGGGCCACAGUUUUGGCCUUGGUCUGGUUGCACAAGUAUAAGUGGAAGGUACCUUGGUCAGAGCUUCUGGUGGCCAAAGUAUGCAGGUGGCUGCUGGACCAAGAUGAGGUCCAACUGGAUGAAUGUCUGGAGGCAGCAAAUUCCCUGCUGGGAAUUUGUGGAGCCCGCUGUCUUCAGGAUGAGCACUUACCUCACUGCUGGGGGUGGAAAAGAAGCUAGGUGGGAACACAGCCAGGAAAGCUGACCCAAACUAGUCAAAGGGACGUAUCACAUGCCAUUAAAAUCACACCCUUGUGGGAUGGAGCGAGUGAACUGCUGGGUGGGUGCUUAGUUGCUGUCUAUGGCCAACUCACCAAAGCUGGCUUGUUCACAUAUUUGUUCUCUACCAUAAUCACUGUGUUCUGAAAAAUAAUGCUAAUCACAAAUACUAAAAUUUGCUUCAUUUCCAUAUUCUGCUUUUCUCUGAGAUUUACUCAGUCAUCAGUUCAAAAUACCAGACUGCAGGGAGAAAAAUUUGUUAAGAUGAUACAGGAAAACACCUUCAUGUAUCUGACUGUCUUUUUGUUUCCCUCCUCUCUUCCUGUGUGCCUUUCUGGCUUUUUAUAGAAAGGUAAAAAUAAUGUUAUUUGCUAGAGGAACUUUUUUUUCUUUUUCUUUCUUCUUUUUUUAUUUUCCUAAAAAACGGUUUGUCAAGUAAAGGGGUGGAUUUCACUGGAUCACUGCAGUGUUUACCAUAGGUGUCCAGUGCUAUUUCAGCUGUCCUGAGAUAUCUGAACCACCGGUCAGGUAGGAGGCAGGAUAGAAAGGACUGGUUUUCUGAGGUGACAGCUGGGGAGUGAGUGAAAUACCAUUGUGGAAUGAGAUUUAGCUGCCUAUGUAUUGAAGUCCAGUGCCAUUUAUGAUGUUCUAGGAUUUUCAAGCAUAUUAGGUUUACAUGACAAGGUUUUGGUAGUGGGGAGGCUGCAGCAGUGACCUCUGUGGGAAUCCCCUAUGUGGGAUUUUCCCAUGUCAAUCACAGGUGGUUCCAAACCAGA